GAAAGACAUCGACAUAGGAAAAGAGUACAUUAUACCCAGUCCUGGGUAUAAAAGUGUGAGGGAAAGAGCUGACUCGGUGCAGCAUGAAGAGCAGGAAGAGUCUAAUUUUCAGCAUUCUAAACUUAAGAUUUGUCUCUGACAUCUUUUGCCCAAGACAGCAGGGAAUGUGAUCAGAACUUGCUGCAAUUGAUGUAGACCCUUCAAGCACUGAUAGCUUUGAAGCGAUUUAUUACUGAGUAUUUAAACAGAUCAAUUCUGCCUCAACCUCUCUGAAGCAUCUGAGUGUCUGAGUCAACUGAACAGCAGAUUGAAUGCCAGGAUGCCUUGGAAGCAGCAGCUCGGGCAGAGGGCCUGCCACUGGACACCUCUGUGCAUUCCCAGCUGAGAAUGCUGGAUGAAGAGCAUCACAAGGGCAAAUACCACCAUGGUCUGAAUGCACUGAAACCCAUACGGACCACUUCCAAACACCAGCACCCUGUUGAUAAUGCUGGGCUUUUCUCCUCCAUGACCUUCUCCUGGCUCACUCCUUUGGCCCACAGAGCAUACAAAAAAGGGGAAUUGUUUAUGGAUGAUGUAUGGUCAUUAUCAAGGCAUGAGUCUUCAGAUGUCAAUUGCAGAAGGCUGGAAAGAUUGUGGCAGGAAGAACUGGAAGAAAGUGGGCCAGAUGAUGCUUCUCUCCGGAGAGUCGUGUGGAUUUUCUGCCGCACCAGGCUCAUCCUUUCCAUAGUGUGUCUGAUGAUCACGCAGCUCGCGGGUUUCAGUGGACCAGCAUUCGUUGUGAAACACCUCUUGGAGUAUACCCAGCAGAGUGAGUCCAACCUGCAGUACAGCUUGUUUUUAGUUUUUGGCAUCUUUAUGACGGAAGUGGUGCGAUCGUGGUCCCUGGCACUAACCUGGGCAUUGAAUUAUCGCACGGGGGUCAGACUGCGUGGGGCUGUCCUGACAAUGGCAUUUAAGAAAAUUCUUAAGCUGAAAAACAUCAAGGAGAAGUCUCUUGGAGAGCUCAUAAAUGUUUGUUCCAAUGAUGGCCAGAGGAUGUUUGAAGCUGCAGCAGUUGGCAGUUUGUUGGCUGGGGGCCCUAUUGUGGCCAUCUUGGGAAUGGUUUAUAAUGUGAUUAUUCUGGGUCCAACAGGCUUCUUGGGAUCUGCCGUCUUCAUCCUCUUCUACCCAGCAAUGAUGUUUGUGUCGCGCCUCACAGCUUAUUUCAGAAGAAAAUGUGUAGCAACAACAGAUGAACGUGUGCAAAAGAUGAAUGAAGUUCUUAAUUACAUUAAAUUCAUUAAAAUGUAUGCCUGGGUCAAACCCUUUUCUCAGAAUGUUCAAAAAAUUCGUGAGGAGGAGCGCAAAAUCCUGGAGCGUGCAGGUUACUUCCAGAGCAUCACUGUGGGAGUGGCUCCCAUUGUUGUUGUCAUUGCCAGUGUGGUGACCUUUUCUGUCCAUAUGAUCCUUGGUUAUGACCUUACAGCAGCUCAGGCAUUCACAGUGGUCACUGUCUUUAAUUCAAUGACUUUUGCUCUCAAAGUAACUCCAUUCUCAGUGAAGUCUCUGUCUGAGGCAUCUGUUUCUGUUGACAGAUUUAAGAGUUUAUUUCUAAUGGAAGAGGUUCAUAUGAUAAAGAAAAAACCAGCCAAUCCUCACACCGCGAUAGAGGUGAAAAAUGCUACCUUGGCUUGGGACUUCUCCCAUGCCAGCGUCCAGAGCUCACCAAAGUUGACCCCCAAAGUGAAAAAAGACAAGAAAGUCACCAAGAGCAAGAAAGAGAAAAUGAAGCUGCAGAAUGAGGGACAGCAAGCUGUGCUGGCAGAGCAGAAAGGCCAUCUUCUAGUGGACAGUGAUGAUCAUCACAGCCCUGAAGAGGAGCACAGAAUCAUCCACCUGGUUAACCUUCGGCUUCAGAGGACUCUCUACAACAUCGACUUGGAGAUAGAAAAGGGAAAACUUGUUGGAAUUUGUGGCAGUGUGGGGAGUGGAAAAACUUCACUUAUCUCAGCAAUUUUAGGACAGAUGACCUUGCUGGAGGGAAGCAUUGCAGUAAACGGGACCUUCGCUUACGUGGCCCAGCAGGCCUGGAUCCUCAACGCCACUCUCCGGGACAACAUCCUUUUUGGCAAGGACUAUGAUGAAGAAAGAUACAAUACUGUGCUGAAUGGUUGCUGUCUAAGGCCUGACCUGGCCAUCCUUCCAAAUGGGGACCUGACAGAGAUUGGUGAACGAGGGGCUAACCUGAGUGGGGGACAGCGUCAGAGAAUCAGUCUGGCUCGCGCCCUGUACAGUGACAGGGACAUUUACAUCCUUGAUGACCCCCUUAGUGCCUUAGAUGCUCAUGUUGGAAAUCACAUUUUUAACAGUGCAAUAAGGAAGCACCUGAAGUCAAAGACUGUCCUUUUCAUUACGCAUCAGCUUCAGUAUCUUGUUGACUGUGAUGAAGUGAUCUUCAUGAAAGAAGGCUGCAUUACUGAGAGAGGCAGUCAUGAGGAACUGAUGAAUUUAAAUGGGGAUUAUGCAACUAUUUUUAAUAGCUUACAGCUGGGAGAAACACCACAUAUUGAGAUUAAUAUAAAGAAGAACACAAACAAUUCCCUGAAAAGGCCCCAGGAUAAAAGUACCAAAACAGGGUCUGUGAAGAAGGAGAAAGUUGUAAAGAAGGAAGAGGAGGGCCAGUUGGUACAGUUGGAAGAGAAAGGCAAAGGCUCUGUCCCCUGGUCUGUUUAUGGUGUCUACAUUCAGGCAGCUGGAGGCCCCUUUGCAUUCCUCAUCAUCAUGGCACUGUUUGUGCUGAAUGUGGGCAGCACAGCUUUCAGCAACUGGUGGCUGAGUUUCUGGAUCAAGCAAGGCAGUGGAAACACCACUGUGACUUUGGGAAAUGAGACUGUCAUAAGCAACAGUAUGAAAGAUAACCCUCACAUGCAUUACUAUGCUGGCAUCUAUGCACUGUCUAUGGCAGUUAUGUUGAUCCUGAAAGCUGUUCGUGGUGUGGUCUUCGUAAAGGGAACUCUCAGAGCAUCCUCAAGGCUCCAUGACGAGCUCUUCCGACGGAUUCUGCGUAGCCCCAUGAAGUUCUUUGACACUACCCCCACUGGGAGGAUCCUCAACAGGUUUUCCAAAGACAUGGAUGAAGUUGAUGUUCGUUUGCCGUUUCAAGCGGAAAUGUUCAUCCAGAAUGUCAUCCUUGUGUUCUUCUGUGUGGGAGUGAUUUCCGGGGUUUUCCCCUGGUUCCUGGUGGCAGUGGGGCCCCUCAUUGUCCUGUUCACAGUUCUGCAUGUUGUGUCCAGAGUCUUUAUUCGAGAGCUCAAGCGUCUGGACAACAUCACACAGUCUCCAUUCUUAUCUCACAUUACAUCCAGCAUCCAGGGUCUCUCCACAAUUCAUGCCUACCACAAAGGACAGGAGUUUCUGCACAGGUACCAGGAGCUGCUGGAUGACAACCAGGCCCCGUUUUACCUAUUCAGCUGUGCAAUGCGCUGGCUGGCUGUGCGCCUGGACAUUAUCAGCAUUGCUCUGAUCACAACCACCGGCCUUAUGAUUGUCCUGAUGCAUGGCCAGAUCCCUCCUGCCUAUGCGGGGCUGGCCAUCUCAUACGCUGUGCAGUUAACAGGGCUAUUCCAGUUUACAGUCAGACUAGCUUCAGAGACAGAAGCUCGUUUCACCUCAGUGGAGAGGAUUGAUCACUACAUCAAGACACUUUCCCUGGAAGCUCCUGCUCGAAUUAAGAAUAAAACUCCUCCUCUGGACUGGCCACAGGAAGGUGAAGUUGUUUUUGAAAAUGCAGAGAUGCGGUACCGAGAGAACCUCCCUCUAGUACUUAAAAAAGUGUCCUUUACCAUCAAACCGAAGGAAAAGAUUGGCAUUGUGGGGAGGACAGGCUCAGGGAAGUCUUCCCUUGGAAUGGCACUCUUUCGUCUUGUUGAACUGUCUGGAGGCUGUAUUAAAAUUGAUGGAGUAAAAAUAAAUGACAUUGGCUUGGCAGAUCUUCGGAGCAAACUCUCCAUAAUCCCUCAGGAACCUGUGCUGUUCAGUGGCACUGUGAGAUCAAACUUGGAUCCUUUCAAUCAGUACAGUGAGGAACAAAUCUGGGCUGCUUUGGAAAGGACCCACAUGAAGGAGUGUAUUGCACAGCUGCCUAUGAAACUUGAUUCAGAAGUGAUGGAAAAUGGGGAGAACUUUUCUGUUGGAGAGAGGCAGUUACUGUGCAUAGCUAGAGCUCUGCUGCGUCGUUGCAAGAUAUUGAUCCUGGAUGAAGCAACAGCUGCUAUGGACACAGAAACAGACUUGCUGAUCCAGGAAACCAUCAGAGAGGCAUUUGCAGACUGCACUAUGUUAACAAUUGCUCAUCGCCUGCACACGGUGCUGGGCUGUGAUCGGAUCAUGGUGUUAACACAGGGACAGGUAGUGGAAUUCGACACCCCGACUGCCCUUCUGGCCAACGAGAACUCACGCUUCUAUGCUAUGUUUGCUGCUGCAGAGAACAAGAUCUGGUGGCUGGAUCCAGAGCUGACAUACGGCAAUGCCAAGCCCUUUGUCUUCACACAGGGACACUCGGUGUGUAACCGCUCCUUCUUCCCCUGCUUUGACACCCCUGCAGUGAAAUGCACCUACUCAGCUACUGUCAAGGCUCCAGCAGGCAUACAGGUGUUGAUGAGUGCCACCCAAAGCUCCUACCUAGAAGAGGAAGGCGUAUAUCAAUUUUACAUGGAAUAUCCAGUUCCUGCCUACCUAGUGGCCUUGGUGGCUGGAGACCUCAUACAUGCAGACAUAGGUCCCAGGAGCAGAGUGUGGGCAGAGCCUUGCCUGCUGCCAACAGCCAUCAGCAAACUUUCUGGCAUUGUUGAACGCUGGUUGACUGCUGCAGAGAGUCUGUAUGGCCCCUAUAUAUGGGGAAGAUAUGACAUCGUUUUUCUUCCUCCAUCCUUCCCUAUUGUUGCCAUGGAAAACCCAUGCUUGACCUUCAUCAUCUCUUCCAUUCUGGAGAGCGAUGAGUUUUUGAUCAUUGAUGUAAUCCAUGAAGUUGCCCACAGCUGGUUUGGGAAUGCGGUCACCAAUGCCACAUGGGAGGAGAUGUGGCUGAGCGAGGGCCUGGCCACCUACGCGCAGCGCCGGAUCACCACCGAGACCUACGGAGCUGCCUUCACUUGUUUGGAGACUGCAUUCCGCCUCGAUGCUCUCCACAGACAGAUGAAGCUCCUUGGAGAAGACAACCCGGUCAGCAAGCUUCAGGUUAAACUGGAGCCAGGUGUAAAUCCCAGUAAUUUAAUGAACCUCUUCACCUAUGAGAAAGGCUACUGCUUUGUUUACUACCUGUCCCAGCUCUGUGGUGACCCCAGACACUUUGACUCCUUCCUAAGAGCCUACAUUGAGAAGUAUAAAUUUACCAGUGUUGUGGCUCAAGAUCUUCUGGAUUCCUUCCUGAAUUUUUUUCCAGAGCUGAAAGAGCAAUGUGUUGAGAGCAAAGCAGGACUGGAGUUUGAACGUUGGCUCAAUGCUACAGGACCUCCGUUAGCUGAGCCAGACUUAUCUCAGGGAUCCAGUCUGACCAGACCAGUGGAGACACUCUUCAAACUCUGGACCACAGAGCCUCUGGACUCUGUUGCUGCUGCCAGCAGUGUUGACCUCACUAAAUGGAGAACGUUCCAAACUGUGCUUUUCCUGGACAGAUUGCUGGAUGGAUCACCACUGCCACAUGAGGUGAUAAAAAAGCUCUCGGAAUGUUACUCCUCCCAGCUGGACUCCAUGAAUGCAGAAAUCCGUAUCCGCUGGUUGCAGAUUGUAGUCCGAAAUGACUAUUAUCCAGACCUUUACAAAGUCCGUCGCUUCUUGGAAAACCAGAUGUCUCGGAUGUACACAAUUCCACUUUAUGAGGACCUUUGCACUGGCACCCUCAAGUCUUUUGCCUUAGAAAUUUUUUACCAGACCCAGAACCAGCUGCACCCCAAUUUGCGGAAAACGAUCCAACAGAUCUUAUCCCAGGGCCUGAAUCCACUUCCUGCCAUAGACACUACAGCAGUCACUACAGACACACCAGCAAUGGUGAUUGAGGACAAAGUCUCAGAGGCCACAAAUGGUGCCAUUUCACUCAGGGAUGUCAACGUGUCUGCUUAGAUCACCAGUUCAUGCCAGCCACAAAGCUUGAAAAUGGGGACAGGAACAGAGGAAAGAUACCAAGUGUUGCCUCCUUUCCUUCAGCCUUUCAGCUGCAGUGUGUUGUAACUGGAUUUCUCUCCCAAAACACAAAGCAAAUGUGCCUUCAAGUAACCAGCGUGUGAUACUGCCAGGUUUCAGAGAUCUCCGCCAGCUGUGUGAUGAAUAUUUUGAUUCAGUUUUUACUGGGCAGGGACUCCUGGGUUGUUGCUUCUCCAUGGAAAGUGGAUAGUUCCCUUUCCUGAGGCUCUUCUGGAUGGUUUCUCUGGAUUUGUUGUUUGGGGGCAGGGGGUAUUUUUCUUAUUAUUUUUAUCUUUUUUUUUUUGUCCGAGGCCACUGAGGCAUGUCCUACUUGCUGUGUGUAUGUUGCUGGGGAGUGUGUAUGUGUCAAGCUGUCAUUGUCCUAAUAUUUGGGCUAAAGUUCUGCAAAGGAGAGACUCAGGAAUUGUUAGUGGUAGCAAACAUGUUUUCAUGUUAUGCUCCUUCCUGUGACAGAGGUAUUGUGAUUUGGGAGGAAGGAGACUAAUGCUUAAACAAGAAACUAAUUUUAAAUAGCUCCUAUUCCCCCCUGCCCAUAGGUGGCUAAAUAAUAAUAAUAGUAAUAAUAAUAAUAAUAAUGCUCUUUAUAUAUAUUAAAAGAUAUAUUAAAAAGAACAGGGAAACAUUAUGAUGGAUUUGAAACCCUUCUGUAGUUAACCCUACUCUCAGUUUUCCCUUUGCACUUGAUGGGACAAGCAAUAAAGAAAUGUGUAGGCUUGAAUUUUCAAAAAAGUUAAAAUUAGGUUCCCAAAUGCCAUCAAUUCUGGUACUAUCUGGAUGCCUAAAUCUGUUUAACUGUUUUGACAAGUCUAGCUGCAACUUUUGCUAGUGUGUCAGCAUGUGUGGCACAUGCAUCAGAUGCACUCUGUGUCUCCUAUUCUGUUCUUUUGGAGGAAUUAAAAAGACCUGUAAUUUUUUUAAGAUCCCCAGCAUAUCUUGGACUGUACGUCAGCUGUGAAAGUAUCCAUACUAAGAUUUUACCACCUUGAAUAAUGUUUGCCUGAAUAGCAGUUGCCCUGUCAUACGAUAGUCUAAGGGAAGCACCAUCUUUUUUGAUGUGAAACUUUUAAGUCCCACUUUACCCAAGUCUGUUUUCUGACUUAUGGUGGGAGUAAGGUGCCGUUUCAUUUCCCUGGCAUGCCAUUUCUCUGGAUCACUGGCCAGCCAUGCAGGAUGGGAAAACACUGUCUUGCCUCUCUGCUGUUUGGUUUCAGGAAGCUGAGGGCAAAGUGUCCUGGGGUAUUGCAGAGUACAGGCUAUGGUUCUUAGACUCUGUGCCACAAACUUUUUAACAUGUGGGUACCCAUGCGCUCUCUGUGAGCUCCCACAAGCUGGGCAUCUCUGAGCUGGUGCAUCACCAGGAUGCUAUGAAAAAAAGGCAAAACAUUUGGAAAAGGCUCAGCUAACAGAGAUGUGAGAGAGAAAUUGUUUUAUACUUCAGGGCAAAUUUUAGCCCUGCUAUGGGGAUCUGCAUAGACAGGAAGAGGAGGAAAUUUGGGAGGGUUUUUUUUUUUUCCUUCACCAAAAGUAUCUGUUUACACCCAUGUGUGGAUGGGGACUUAGGUGCUGUUACUGGAUCUGCAUUUUCUGGCUUUAAAUUAAUUUGGACUUCACCAUAGCCUUAGCCUGGGCUGAACUGGGAUAAAGCAAUAAUAAACUCAGGCCUCUGUAGUGCUUCAUUAGUUUUAAAAAUGCGCCAUCAGCAUUUUUGGGCUUCAGAACUCCAAGCUCUGCUCUUUGCUCCUUGAAUGGGAUUAUCUUUUAAAUUCUGUUUUGUUUUCCCAGAAAGGAUGGGGAAUGACCUUUUCUACACAAAUCUCUUUCCUUUUUAUUUGUUGUUCUAUUGAAAGAGAUUUGUACAAGCUGACUUUACACUUCCGGAGUUGCUGCUGUUGGUGCUGUGUCUCCUGGACCCCACCGCCAGCAGCGGCAGUCUGCUCAAGACCAGGAACCACUAGCAUUUUUUGGAAUCACGAGCCUCUGUUUUAACACAUUUUAUUUAGUGGGAGAAUGUUUGUGACCCUGGUGGGAAUUUUUCAUUUACAUGGAUGCCUUAUGAUGAUUGUCAAAUUAAACUAAGCUUUGUGACAAGUUCAGCUUUUUGGGCAGUUUUUUGGCAGCCCCGCUCUAGCUGUGUGGAAGAGCUAACUUGGUACAUUGUUUUGUUUUUUUUCUGGGGUGUAGCAUAGAGGGAGUUUAGAAGCUCUUUCAAAGCUGCACAGGAAGGUGCUGGAGGGGUGGCAAAAGCAAAUGAUCAAAAGUAAAUAUCUAUUGUUGUUAGAACCGACUGAAAAAAAUCAGAUCAGCUCUGUGUUUGCAUAGAUACCCAUCAGAGCAAGGAAAUGCUGGCUGGACUGAGCAGACUGUUUCCUGGUUAAAGAACACAAGAUGUAAGUUAGUGUUUCUGCUCUCAUCUCUGUGAGAUCCCACCAAAUGGAUUUUUACCUACGAUUUGUUUUCUGAAACAUGGAAGCAGAGCAAGAUUUUUUGAGAGUAUUCCAUGCAUCCUCUUCCAGGUACUUGUUUCUCUCCUGUGAGUGAGAAGUGCAUUUUUUAUUUUGUAGAGACAAAAAAUCUGCAGCAAGUUUGUGGAGAUAAGCCUUCCUUUCAUUGACAGAAAAUAAAUUGGUGCUUCAGGCUACUUGCUGUCUUGAUUUGUAGUAGACUUC